UGCAUAUUACAACUAUCAAGUUUUGCAAAAUGUAGUGGAUUCUAAUGCAAUUUGGAAAUGCAUUAGUAUCUACAUAGACAUGAUGUAGAUUCUACAUACACAAAUUACUGUUAAAUGAGUGGUUUGUAAUUUGUAAAUCAUUUCAUGUUUGGGUAGCUAUUUGCCUAAUUGCAAAAAAUAAACUUGGACAUCAACAAAUGAGCUAUUGGAAGCAGUUAAAAUUGUGUAAAAACAGUUCCAAUAUUGUUUGCCAGACAAGUGCUCAAAUGGGAAUCCCCUGACAUACCAAACUUACUUUGUGAAUAGAGGAGGGGAAUGAAUCAUUGAUAUAUAAAUGAGGAAAAGAAUGAUUAUGUCUUUAUGUUAUUAAAUAGGUAUAACACGACCCAUAUGAUGGGUUUUUGUCCUAAUGAUAGUUAAUUUGGAUGGUUUUUGGGAUCAAAAAGGGGUUUCAACAACUUAUUUAGGAGCAAAAGAAAUGGUGGAGUUUACUCUGUUUAUUUAUUAUUAAAACUCACUUCCAUUGAAGAGAUCCUGUUCAACUCCAAUUGACCGUUGGUUAUGUGCAGGAGUCGACAGUGAAUAGGUCAUUGAGCAAUCUUUUCAUUCUUUGGCUUUCUUUCGGUUAAUAAUACUUCAUAUGAAGUCUGCAAAGCUGAUUAAAUCAACUUUGAGUUACAAAUCAGUAUAUAAAACAACAAUAAAUCAGUCCAUUGUAGAUGUCCUUCUGCUUAAAUGCCAAAAUCUCAAGCAAUUUGACCAAAUUCUUUCUCAAAUGAUCUCUACCGGGUUCAUCAAAGACACAUAUGCAGCAAGCAGGAUCCUCAACUUCUGUACUGGUCAAUCCUCGUUCAUUAAUGUCCAUUACUCUCGUAAAAUCUUUGAUCACGUUGAGAACUCCAAUGGGUUUAUUUAUAACACCAUGAUGCGUGCGUACUUGCAGACAAAUAAUCCAAAAGAAACGUUUUUCCUUUAUGCAUUGAUGUUAAAGAACAAGAACAAGGUUUAUCCGGAUAGCUACACAUAUCCUAUAGUAGUUCAAGCUUGCAUUGCUAGGUAUUCAAUUUUGGAGGGAAAAGAGAUACAUGAUCAUGUGGUGAAGAUGGGUUUUGAUUCAGAUGUUUAUGUACGAAACACUUUGAUUAAUAUGUAUGCUGUUUGUGACAAUAUGAUGGAUGCAAGGAAGGUAUUUGAUGAAAGUCCUGUGAUAGAUUCAGUUUCUUGGAAUUCGAUUUUGGCAGGAUACGUUCACAUGGGUAAUGUAGAAGAAGCAAAGUUGAUAUUUGAUCAGAUGCCUGAAAAGAAUAUAAUUGCAUCGAAUUCUAUGAUUGUGUUGUUUGGCCGGUGCGGUCUUAUCGCUGAAGCAUACCGGUUGUUUGUUGACAUGAAUGAGAAAGAUCUUGUUUCAUGGACCGCAUUGAUAAGUUGCUAUGAGCAAACUGGCAUGUAUCAAGAGGCUUUGGUUUUGUUUAUUGAAAUGUAUGAAAGAGGAAUCAAGAUAGAUGAAGUUGUAGUGAUUAGCGUUCUUUCUGCAUGUGCACAUUCAUCAAUUGUGAAGACAGGAGCAUCUGUCCAUGGAUUAGUUCUAACAAGAGGAACCGAAUCUUAUGUUAACAUCCAAAAUGCUUUGAUUCACAUGUACUCGACUUGUGGAGAUAUAGUAGCUGCGGAAAAACUCUUUAAUUCAAGUUCCCACAUCGAUAUUAUUUCUUGGAACUCUAUGAUCUCCGGCUAUGCAAAAUGUGGCUUACUCAAGAAGGCUAGGGAAGUGUUUGAUUCUAUGCCUGAAAAGGAUGUUGUCUCAUGGAGUGGACUGAUAUCAGGCCAUGCACAAAUUGGUCUAUUCGAUGAUACUGUGGCAUUGUUCCAUGAGAUGAUGCUUCAUGGAAAUGUUAAGCCUGAUGAAACCAUAUUGGUCAGUGUUAUAUCGGCGUGUACUCAUAUUGCUAGUCUUGAACAAGGUACAUGGGUUCACACAUAUAUAAAAAGGAAAGAUUUGGAGGUUAAUAUUAUUCUUGGUACUACCCUUAUAGACAUGUACAUGAAGCUAGGGUGUGUCAAAAGUGCAGAGGAGGUCUUCUACACCAUGGAGAAAAAAGGAGUAUCGUCUUGGAAUGCUUUGAUUCUUGGUCUAGCCAUGAAUGGGCAGGUGGAAAAGUCACUUGAAAUGUUCUCAGAAAUGAAAAGUUUUGGUGUCGUUCCCAAUGAGAUAACGUUUGUGGCAGUGCUUGGUGCUUGCCGGCACAUGGGCUUGGUCCGUGAGGGGCGUCGCCACUUUGAUUGCAUGAUCAAUGUGCACAAUAUUGAACCCAAUAUCAAACAUUAUGGAUGCAUGGUUGAUCUUCUUGGGCGUGCAGGGUUGCUUAAAGAAGCAGAACAACUAAUUGAUAGUAUGCCUAUGGCACCAGAUGUUGCUACAUGGGGUGCAUUGCUUGGCGCUUGUAAGAAACAUGGUGCUAAUGAUGUGGGAGAGAGGGUAGGAAGGAAGCUCAUUGAGCUUCAACCUAAUCAUGAUGGAUUUCAUGUUUUAUUGUCAAAUAUAUAUGCUUCGAAAGGAAGUUGGGAUAAUGUUGCAGAGAUAAGAGGGACGAUGAUUCAACAAGGUGUUGUUAAAAUGCCAGGGUGCAGCAUAAUGGAAGCUAAUGGUGUAGUGCAUGAAUUUCUAGCUGGGGACAAGGCACACCCUCAAAUUCAUGAGAUUGAGGAAAUGUUAGAUACUAUUACUCAGAGAGUGAAGAUGCUUGGUUAUUCCCCAGAUAUGAAUGAGGUUUCCUUUGACGUUGAUGAUGAAGAGAAGGAAACAACCCUCUUUAGGCAUAGUGAAAAGCUUGCAAUUGCUUUUGGGCUUAUAGCGAUUGAUCCUCCAAAUCCUAUUAGAAUAAUGAAGAACUUACGGAUAUGUAAUGAUUGUCAUGCAUUGGCAAAGCUCAUCUCCAAAGCAUUUAACCGUGAAAUAGUGGUGAGGGAUCGACAUCGCUUUCACCACUUUAGGCAAGGUUCUUGUUCAUGUAUGGAAUAUUGGUAAUGAAGGGUGAUGCAGCAACCAAAUAACUACUAAGUCAAUCCCUUCUAGACUGAAGUGUCUGAAACUUGUCCAGCCACCAACUACUUUGCAAAAGAUUUCUACAUAGGUAAAGAACUUUUGCAGCUUUUACAUAUUGCUCUUUGCAUCCCAAAAAUAAUGCAUGACUAUGCACAUAGUUUAAUGUUUGUGUUUGACUAAAACCAAACCGAACCAAAUCACAUAAACCCUGGACACAUACAUGUCCUCUACCCCAAAGGGUAGAGUGGCUGUUUCCGUAAACACCCAUAGAAACCAUAUUUAUCUCUUGAUACUUACAGGCAUAAAAGGUACAAGAUAUGCAAUCUUCUAUCCUGUAGGGGGUAUUUUUGCACCAUGUUAGUUUCAUUUCCUGAUUUCUAACAAGUUUUUCUUUCAAUUGUUACAACAUAGUGGAUGGUGUUAAAAAUGAUGAAUGAGAUUAACAUAUAUACAUACUUAUUGCCGAUAAGUGGGUAAUUACAUGAUUCGUCCCAAAUCAAUGUAAUCAAGAUUAUAUACAACAGAUCGAAUAAAAGAAGCAGUAGCAGAGGUGAUGAACACUAAAUUAUAUAUGAGGAAGUGUUCAAACCUACGUCCUAAUGUGAGGAGCAAUUUCACAUGGCAAUCUGAUGAACAACCAACAAGAAUCACAAAUUGGCAUUGCUAAAUGACCUUUUACAGGGCUUUGUUUCCAGAAUUGAAGCCUAUCAGGUAUGAAGAUAAGGAAAAACAGAGGGGAUUUCCUCUAUGAAACUUCCUUGUGCCAUAUAUUCUAGUAUAUGAGUGCACAACUAGAGGCGACAAAAUGAAGAUAUAUUUUUAAAAGAAAGAUAUACGUGAGGAAGGUUUUAUGCUUGCUUUUGCACCAGAUGAUCUUAUAGUUGUUUAAUCCAUCAAAAUUGUUGUCUACUACAAAGUCUUAGAGCAUUAAUGAGCUCGUCAUAGGACCUUCAAUCCAAAAUCUGAGCCUGCUGUUGUCCAGUUUUCCGCAGGAUUAUAACCAAAGAAAGCUUCAACUUUGUACAUGUUUCCCAACUAUUUCAACAGAUUUGAGAACUUUGAUGCUAGCAUAAUGUUCAUAAGCAGAUGCAACUCGAUGUGUAUAAAUAUAUGUAUAUACGCAUGUG